CAGAGAUGACAGCAAGUGUAUCUUCAAGCCCUCAAUACAAGGCUACUUCUGCAAACAGACAGACUAUGCAUUUGUCAUCCUGGAAAAUUUAGACCCCAGCAUGGUCAAGCAGGAGCUGUUUCCAGUAGUAGCAGUGACUGGCAGCUUUAUGGAUACCUUCAGUGAUGGAGCUUCAGAUGCAUCAUGUCGUUCUGCACAGCAUCCUUCUGCUCUCUUCUCUGUACUGACAACCUCCAAACUCACAACAGUUUGCUUCCCAGACCUAACGCCUCUGAUUUUCAGACUCUACCUCCUCAGUGGGCAGAACUCAACCAGACUGCCCCUUGCUAUUUUCUACAACGAACCCCUCAGCCUUCGUGUCUUCACUGAAGGGAAAUAUAUUUCUCCAACUCCAUCUUCCUUCUCAUGGAAUGAAGGGGCAGGAACCAAUUAUUUUAGCUUUGAGGACAAUCUUCUCUAUGUCCUCCUUCAUGAAGAGGAGCCUGUAGAAAUAGUCACUGGCAUUUCUCUUCAUGUGGCUUUCACUGUGACUGAGACCACUGGGGAAGAGGGUGAGGCAAAUAUCAUGCAUCGAUUGGCUGAUUUCUUGCAGGUUGGCCAUGACCAAGUCAGAAUAGUCCAUCGAGUGCCGGGAGGUGAAAGCAUGUUGAAAGUCAUCUCAGACAAUGAUAGCAAAAAGAAAUAUCACUGCCCCAACAUGACGUUUUGCACCACCUUUCAUAGCAGAUCUGGAUCACAGAAACGAGGGAGAGGGACUGUAAAUGCUCGAGUUGUGCAGCCGUCUGAUGCAGCUGGUCCAUCAAAAGUGCUGAUUUUUGAAUUUGGUGAUCCACCAGGCCACCAAAUAAAUGAGUUCCAGCCUUCCUUAACAAUUGACAGUUUAAAGAUCUUGGCUAGUGCAAUUAUCAAUGCUCAUCAGACUGGAGACCUUCAGACAGCCCUGGGCUUACCAGUUGAUACUCUAAUGGUGAAUCAGCCUGACUUACUGUUCUCAGGAAGAGAUAAUAGGAGACAGCACCCAGGAACCUGUUUGUAUGUGAGGCCCUAUAGCAUUUCUGUUCAUGUGCAGCCUUCAGAUGGAGAAAUCGAAAAGCAGCUUCCUGUGCAGCCACAAAUCGUUUUCCUGGAUAAGAAGGGUCGAAGAGUUGACACACUGGGCCCUCCCUCAGAACCCUGGGUUGUUUCAGCUCACCUCAAGGGCUCCUCUGAGGCUGUGCUAAAAGGGCUCACUGAAGUACAGGUCAUAGGUGGACGUGCAAGCUUUUCCAAUCUGGCUGUCUCCAGCUCAGGCACCAACUGGAACCUCGUGUUCACUGUCACAUCACCACCAGGAGCUAAAUUCACUGUGCUAUCUCAGCCGUUCACCAUCUUCCCUGUGCCCGCUGGAGAAAAGGCCAGCUUCAUUCUUGUUGUCUUACUGAGUGCAAUAGCAUCUGCAUUUGUCCUCACUCUUGUGCUCUGCUGGUUCAAGAAGAGCAAAAACAACAAAACGAGGACUAAGAGGACUGAUGUACCACAGGUCAUUACCAAGGCACCCCAAAAGCAAGCACAUCCUCAUGCACCUCAUGUCCAACCCUGCUACGAUCAAAGACAGAAUGACAGUGGUGUGCCUGUAGCAGGAGAAGUGGAAGAGACUGGAGCAGUGAGACGUGAGAUGGGACAAGGCAAGGAGCUGAGCCCACAGCCAUGUGAAGUCACACCAGUGAGGAAGGCAAUCGCCCUACAGAGAAAGACAAGUAACAGAGAUAUCUUCUCCUCAGACAGGAAAGGUGGCAAUCACCAACAGCCUUGUGGAGGAACAACUCCUGGGGACUCUGUGGAGCUCCAACAGGCAUCUGUCCUGGGGUGCUCUGCCCAGAAGGGUGUCCCACAGCCUCCUGAUGGUUGUAAUGAGGAAAGAGGGAAAUUGGAUGCAAUGUGCAGCCCUCAGGAGGAGGUCAGAGAGCAGAUUGCUAUGGGAGCAGCAGCAGAGGGAUAUCAGAAGUCAUGUCAGGCAAUGGAGCAAUGACCAAGCAAGCUUUGCAUUUGUUGAGGUCACUGUGAUGCUGUUUUGUUUUGUCUCUGUGGUUGGAGGAGUGCACAUACUGGCACAGAAAGCUGGACUGUUAUGUUCUGCAUGUACAAAUGAACUUGUGAAAUUGUUCCACAGCCAACUGGGGAACCAUGGCCACGUCUAGGCUACUGAUCAUAGAGUCAUAGAAUCAUUGAAUCAUAGAAUCAUAGAGUGGGUUGGGUUCGAAGGAACCUCAAAGCUCUCUUAGCUUCCAUAAAAAGCAGGUGCAGCCAGAUAACCUGUUGGAAAUAGUCCUUGGCUUCUGAUACCUUGAAACUCAGUCUUUCAGACUUGUUUGGAGGAGUGCUAGCUGGGUCAGGCCAAAGGCAUUCAGAGAUCACCAAGCAAUUCAGCACUGCAGAUGGGGGAGUUUCCACACCCACAGCCUCACAUUAAUGUGCUCACACUGAUGUAGUCUUGGUAGCUAGAGCAAUACUGAUUGGAGUGUGUACCCAUAUAUACACAUAUAUAAAAAUUUCUUCUGAUCUUCCCUCUCAAAGAAUUUCAGUAUGUGCAUAAAUCUUCUCCUCUUUCUGAGGAAAAAACAAAUAAACAACUGUUCAGUUUCACUCUGACUUCCAUGCUUCCCUAGUUAAAUCUGUGCUUAAGAAUAUUCCUUUUGUUUGUCUUGUUUUUGAAAUUGAAGUGUUUUGUGUUUUGUGUUGUCUCUCCACCAUGCCAUUAUUUUCUAACACCUUUAAAUCACUGACUUGUUAUGAACAGAACUGUUUAUGAGUGAUAAUAAUAAUACUGAUGUGCUUCAGCUGCUCAGAGAAUUCCUCUGUGCUUUGGUUUACUGAGCUGGAAGAUGAGGAACUUUAUUAUACUCUCCCUGUACCAUAAACUUCUUGGUUACAAUAUGCCCUGAUGGCAUGAGAAAAAAUGUAUACUUCUCUGUAAGAAAAAUGCUUAUUCAGGAAGAAGGUGAGAGACCUUGAUUUGAAGAAUAAACCAGGCUUCAAAUGUAUAGAACUAAGAUGCAGGUGCUGCUUGGUGAGCUGCUCAGUUCUCUGGGGAUGAAAGUCUUAUUCUAGAUUGUUAACCCAAAGGGAGCCCCAGUGGGUGCAAAAAUUCACAUUCCCUUCUUGUAAAGUACAUGCACCUUGAGUCCGAGUUGAAGGGUGAAGAUGUAGACAUGCCUGAUGCUUACAAUGUGAACAGGAUGUAGAAGGUUAAUGAGAAAACAGAUUAUGCCUUUGGAGACAUAGAGAACAGUCAGGCUGCAGUUACCAGACCCUACUACCCAAAGGUUCAGCCAAAAUGGAAUAACUUCAUUUAUACUCACUAUUGAGGAUGCUCUUCAUCUGUACAAGCUCCUAAACUGUGCUUUUUCUGGGCGUUUUUGUGGGUAAGUUCCAACUGGAUCAGCCUGGAUAACAGCAGAGCACUGCUUGAUCCCUGAUCCUUAUCCAAGUUUUGUCCAUCAGUACAAGCACAGCCAUGAGGACUGAUGCACAUGUAUGAUCCCACCCACACUUCCCACUAAUAGAAGUAAAUCCUAUACUCAAGGCACUGUUCCUCUUGAAAUCAUGGCUUUGUAAUGUGAGAUCUUUUUGAUUUCAUUUAGAUUUCCUUUUUCUGGAUGAGUUGAGUUUGGCUCUAAAAGCAUCUCCAGUCUACCAUGAGUAGUUCAUAUCAAGACGUACAUGACGUACAUUGGUUAGAUGAACCUCAACCUGCCAGGUGGAGCUGGAUGCGGGACAGAUAUUAGUCACAAAAGAACAAAUAAUACCUUCCCCUCUUGUCCUUCUGUCACAGUGUGAGAAUUCAAGAAGGCCUGAGCUGAAAGGGUGCAUAGUGUCUGUGCUGCUGGAAAAGAACCUCUGUUGCUCUUUCAUUCUCAUCAAAGAGGCAAUAGUUGAACCAAUUAAACUGCAAAUAAUAUCUGACUUGUCUGCCAACUUUUAUUUCAGUUCCAUCCAGACAACUCUCACUUUAGUUGUAUUUUGGGAUCUUUUCGACCCAUAAAUGA